AUGGAGAGUGACGCUAAUCGACACAACGAGGAAGGGCAUCGACCGACUGACGAGAAGUCACGUGAUGGUAGCCGGGACGACGCGCUGAUCGCAGCGCCAGUGGACAAUCAUCAGAGCGAACAUCCGCAUAAACAAGUCGACAAAUGGGGAGUAUUUAGUCAAAGCUACAAAGAAUUAGGAACAUACAGUCCGGUAUACAAGGGCUUGAAGAUUUGUGCAAUUGCGCAAAAAAACUGCACUCGAAGAGGAGUGGGAAGACCUCUACUCACCACUGCAGUCCAGUUGGAGCUGGCGAUGGUUUCACUUCGACCGCAAUCGCAACACAAUUACACCAGACUUCAAGUCGUCCUGUCCCGACUACAUUUGAGCCAUAAAAGUGUUGGCGAAGGGAAAUUAUUCAUAAAUACAGAAGACCGUCGUGCUUCUGUGCAUAUUCCUAGCCAGGAUAUGGAUUAUGCGAACGCACGAGAUGAUAAUGUCCCGGAUCUACGCUGCUGUCACGUUAAUGAAGACAAGAGAAAGUUGAAUCUCGUGCGUGAUACGCUACAAUAA